AUGAGUUGCAUUGCAACGAUCACUGCAUUCGGAUUGUCGGUUUAUGUGAUAGUCGUGCAAUUAUUGCUAUCACCGUACUCCAAAGCACAAGAUAGAGGAUUCAGUCAUAUGCGUAAGUAUUUUUAUUCUAUUUUUUAUAAUAUUUAUUUUAAAAAAUUACCUCCUAAAUAGAAGUUUCAUUUACUGUGUUGGUUAUAUAUUAUGGAUUGAUUUUGCAGACGAUCCAGACUGGCAAAAUUUUUCGUAUUACAAAAUAAUUGACUACGAAUUCGACUGGGCUAUAGAAUAUGGUACCCAGCAAGUGGACAUGUUCGCCCGUAUGGAAUCCUCAUUAACAGAUAAUAAUAUCAAAGUACAAAACGGAACUUCCGCAUAUGGGCAAUAUCUCGAAUAUAUGCCGAAUCACGACAGCCACAUAGAAGCUCGCGACGCUGAAAUACUUCUUAAAGUAUCGCAACAAAUCAGAAAUAUGUAUUGUUCGAGGUUUGUCCUUAAUGUUUGAUAAAAUAUUAAAUACUUAUUAAUAAUAGUAAAAAUAAUUUCAUUUAGUAAAACAAUAUAAAAUUAUACACUUAUAAAUAAAAAAAAAAUAUAUAUAAGUAUAGUUCAGUAGAAUAUGAAGAGUAAUAAAAAAGAAAAAAGAAAAAAAUAUAUUAAAACACUAUAAAUCUGAAAAGAUAAUUUAAACAAAGAAUAUACCUAAUCAUAAUUUUUAGAUAAUUUAACGUUCUUAUAAAAAAUCUAUAGUUGUGAAAUCUAAUAUUUUAAAAAAUGAUUUAAAUAUACAUUUUUAAAAUUAUUAAUAUUAAUAGUAAGUAGUCUGCAUAUUUGAGUAGCUGCAGAUAAGUUCAAGUUGUUUUAUUUAAAAAAUGGUAUAUAAAUAUUGAUAUUUUCUUUGAAGCGGGUAUUAUAUGAGUGAUUCACUCUAGGUUAAUUGUGCUUAAACCUGUAAAAACUUAACAGAGUUAUUGCUAUAAUACAUAGGUUUCAAUAACAAAAUAUUAACUAAUCUAAGAAUUGUGAUUUUUAGUCGAUAAGUAUGUGAAUCAUAUGAUUGACCCCAGAUACAAAUGCUAAUACUAACAAUUUUACUAAGGAUAAAAAUAGUAAGCGUUGUAUGUAAACAUUAAAAAUUAAACUGACAUCAUAAAAUGUAUAAAAACAAUUUCUAACAGUUAUAGUUAAAUUAUUUGUAUGAGUAUCCCACUUUUACUGUUAAUGGUUAUGCCUAAGGAUCUUAUAAAGUUUACCUGUUCUAAUAUUAUAGUUAUUACAGUUCCAUUACAUUUUAUUGAGUGAAUAUAUAUCUUAUUAUAUAAAUUUAGAUCAGGAGUACGAUUAAAAAAUAUAUAUUUUGAUUUAUUUAGAUAUAAUUCUAAUCGAUUGUUGUUAAACUAAUCUUCUAUAUUUUUAGAUUCUGAGUUUAGAAAAUAAUGUAUUGGUUUUGCAAAGAAGUUUAUUUUUUUUAAACGUAGGACAUUUUUUCUGGGUGGUACUUUUUUUGAAAUUCUUGUUAAUAUUUGAGAUAAUGAAGAAAACCCGGUGCUUUAAGUUAGAAAGAUUGAAAGAUUAAAAAUAAGGUUAUCAUUGGCAACCGUUUUUUAUUUAUUUGUUGUUAUUAUUAUUUUAAUAUUUUAAAAAAAAUAAUUGUUGUCAUGUAAACACAUAUUGUUGUGAUCAUUUUACCAUAAUACGAUAUAAUAUAUAUUGUAUAUUAUUGUAUAUAUAUAUUAUAAAAAACAACGCUAUUGACUGAACUCUGCUCAAAAUCGUAUUUUGUUAGCAAUGGUUUAUCGUUGCUUACAGAUAUACCUUAAAUUCCCGUUUAUAUCUUACCUUCCCAACUUUCCACUUACAACAAAGGAUACAAUCACGUGUGAAGUAUGUCCGUCAUUAUUUAUAAAACUAUUCACAUUGGAGUGCAUCGAAUCAAUGUUUUCUCGGAUAAAAAAAUUACGGUAACAUAAAUGUAACUAUUAAUUUUAGAAUUAACGUUCAAGUUUAAUACGCCAUUUAUAUAAAUAAUAAUAACAACUAUUGCAUUCGGUAACUAAACGGGUGGUUUUUUUACGACAAAUCUUACGUUGAGUGUUAAGUAUAUCGUCUUUUUUGAAUGAAAUGUUGUCUAGUUGAUGCAUGGGGUCACUUUUUGUUUUAAAAAUCGUUUUUUGAUUUUUAAUUUUUUUUUUUUUUAGAUUCGAUUUCAGUGAGAGAAUGUGUGCUUAUUACCUGAUGAGCGUAAAAUUGCCUCAAAAACCUUACGGCGAGAAAUGCGCGUCGAUUUAUUAUAGUCAAGUGACUGAUACGUACUGCCAUUCGAAUGAAUAUCGUAGCCCGAACGGACAUUGCAACAACUUAUUGUUCAAGUCAAGGGGACAAGCAAAUACGCCAUACAAACGUUUAAUGUUCCCAUCUUAUGGAGACGGUAAGGUUUUACAUAGAAAUUAUAAUUCCAAUUGUAUAACGUGAAGAUUCUUUAAAAUUUGAUUACGUAUUAUAAAUAAUAGUAUGUACCCUUACUCAUCAGGUAUUAGUACGAUUAAAGAGCUGCCCAGCGCCAGGUUGUUGAGCCAUGCUUUUGUGACGCGCAAAUGUGGUCUCCAAGAAGAGAAAUCAAUGACAAUGGCGAUAUGGGCCGCUUUCAUCGGACAUGAUAUGUCUCACACAGCCUUGUCUACCAAGGGUAAGAUAAACAAAUUCCAUAUUUCAUCUAGAAGUGAGAGAGAGAAAUAUACUCAGAUUUUAGCAAUUUGAUUUGGUUAAACAAUUUUAUCCAUAGAGGCCUACCGAAUAAAAAUUUUGUAGAGAGCUCACAAAAAUUAAAUGUCUAUAAAUAGGUCAAAAAUUGCUCCAAUGUAUUUAAAAUUUAACUACGUUUAAAAAAAGCAAAUAUAAGUUUUCGGUCAAAAUUUCGUCUCUACGAAUAUUUUUAACCAAACUAUAAAAAAAAAAUUAAAUUAUUUUCGUACAUUUUUCCGUUAUUUCUAGUAUUUUUUGAUUUUCCUCAAUUAUUAAAAAGACUAAAAAAAAAAAAUCUGCUUUAUAUUGGAGUAAAAUUUUGUGUGAAAACAUGAGCCCUAAAGGUUUAAAAUAAUGAAAUCGUUGCACCAUAAUUUGAAAAAUCGUAUUAUUCGUCCAUUUUGGUUUUCCUAAAUGGUAUGAAAAAUACUUAAGAUAUAAAAAAAACGACUUUCUUUGUCAGUGACUAUAUAUUAAAAGGAAUCAAAUCGAUAUCUCGCCAUUUUUCGGUUUGAGAAAAUUUCUGAUAGAAAAUAUAAUUUGUAAAAAUUAAAAACAAUGGAAUAGCGAUAUGCCAUAAAUAUUUGCUGUUUCAGCUAUAAUUUUCCCAAUUAUUUUGAAUGCAUCAACUUUAACAAAUUUCCUUUUAGAAAAGGCACUUUAUUUGAUACUUUGGACCGAGAUUUUUGGUAAAAAGUUGUGCUCGGUGUGCUCCGAAUCUAAAAUAAUAAUAAUUUUGUUUUUUAAAAACCAUUUCCUGUUAUACAGUUAGCACUGAAGAUUCUAUAUUAUGUUGCGAUGCAUAUGGAACACAGUUUUAUCCUCGGUUUACUCACCCGUUUUGCGCUCCCAUCAUGAUACCAAAAAACGAUUCGAUUUACUCUGUCCCGCGGUAUACGUGCAUGAAUUAUGUGCGAUCGAGGGCAACAAUGCGGUCAGACUGCACUUUCGGGCCUAGAGAACAGGUAAAUAUAACCACAUUAAUGAAUCAUAAAGUAAUAUUUACUUAUUAGCCAAAAAAAAAAAUCUUAAACAGUACCGUAAUCAGAAACAAAUUGAGGAGGGGUAAGGAAGUGACAAAAAUUAUUUUUUUUUUAAUCACCUUCUUUCAAAUAUGUUUUUUUUUAUAUUAGAAAUAAUGAAAUAAAAGGCCAAUUAGUCUUCCAAGAAUACUUACCUCUCCUUAUCAGCUAGUGCUGCCUUAGGAUUGGUUGUACUGUACACGAUUAAACAGUGUUUAAAUUAUAAUCAACAAUGACGGCACUAGGUUUUUCCAGAAUCCCAGGCAAUGAUUUAAUAUAACUAAUGAUUGUAUAUAUAUUUAUAAUAAUAUACAGUGUCUCUCAUUAAAACCAGAGCAAUCACAGAGCCCUGGAUUUAUGACUUAUUUGUCUUCCCCUAGGCACUAAUAUACAAUUAUUAGGACUUUUGUCCUGAGAUACAGUGCCUGUCAACUGCUUAACCACUGAUUAAACGUCAAUUGAGUUAACGGACCAACCAAGGUCUGUUAGUUAAUUUGUACGGCAUUAUCUUUGUCAUAACUACCAAAAUUGUUUUCAACUAUAAUUUAUUAUUUCAAAUAGAAAUUUAAAUGUUGUUUUGUAUGAAAUAAAUAUUCUUUUUUUUGUUAAUUACAUUUUAAGUUUUUUAUAAAAAUAUAACCGUGUCUAAAGUCGAGCGUCUAUCUCCUAUUGAUUAUACAUUUUCUUAUGCGAUAUCUGAUAUUGAUAUAUGAAUCACCGUAUGAUAUCUGAAAUGAUGUAUUUUAACAAAAACGAUAAUUUUAAAAACGAUUAUGAUUAUUUAGAUCAAUAAUUUGACAACUUAACCAUAUUGAUUGUAUUUCUUGAGUGUUUAGACCUCGUGCUAACCAUUAUACUUUGAGAGACAAUGGUUUUUUCGACAAAUUUCGAUUAUUAAAAUAUACAGUUCGGUUUUAGUUGAUUUGAUCAGUAAUCGUAUUUUUUCUUGUACUGAUUGAUACGAUUAGACUAACCUGAUCUACCUUCCAUUUACGGUAUCUGUUUUCAUACAUUCUAUAAAAGACUUGUAUUUUUUAACUAAGGAAACUAAAAGGUUUGACUCCGGAGUUGUGAAAUUGGCAGAACGCUGAUGUUGUUUUUCAUAACUAAGUAUUUUUAGGGCUAGUUUUAUAUCUUGUCAAAUUUAAUUACUUGACUUAAAUUAAUAAAGUAUUUAUGGAGAAAAUACAGGAGAGUGUGUGUGUUGUCAUUCGGUCGUCAAUUUUGUAUAUUAUCAUUACAUAUUGAGUAUUAAAUAUAAAUUGACUUAUGAACUAGGUAAUAAAACUAAUGUUAUCUUAUAUAAUAUUAUAAUGUAGUCAUUUUUUUAUUUUUUAUUUUUUUACUAGCUUCUACAAUCCAUUUAGGACCUUGGCUGUUUUUAUUAUUUGAUGCCAUCUAUCCCAAUCUAAACUCUUUUCUAAUUUUGAUCCUGGUGCACAUUUUUCGAGGUCUAAUUUAACUAUGUCUAUCCACCUCUGCCUAGGUGGUCCUCUAAGUAUUUUCCCAUUGAUAGUGCCCAUCAUUAUAUCUUUUAUUAUAUCAGUGGAUCUUCAUGCAUGUCCCGCCCAUUCCAAACGUUUGCUUCUUAUAAAUGAUUUGCUACUGAGCUUUGGGUACAUUUGGUAAACUUUUCUAUGGGUUCUUAUUCUGUAAGUUCAAAAUAACCCUUAUUAGAGUCUGAAAUUCUUAGAUUUAUCUAAUUUUGCAUAUUAUUUGCAUUGUUUAAAUUAGUUCCCAAAUAUUUAAUUACAUGCUGAAAUGUGUAAUUGCCGACUUUUAGGUCUUGUGCAAUUUCAGCUCUUUUAUCUAUAACCAUAUACUUAGUCUUAGCUUGGUUAAUUUCGAGUCCCAUUGGCUUAGCCUACAUGAUAAGGUCAGCCAUUUUAGUAAUAAUUUCGUCAUGUGAGCACACAAUCACGAUAUCAUUCGCAUAGGCAAGUAUCUCCUUAUUUCCAAGUAAUUCCAUUCUUCGAUGAACUGGGAAAUUUCUUAUUACUUUCUCUAGAGCUAUGGUGAAUAGAGUUGGAGACAGUACAUCACCUUGUCUAAGCCCUGUUCCUAUUUCAAAACCCUCUGAAAUUUUUUUGCUAAAUUUAAUUUUGUAAAUUCUAUUAGAAUUAUAUUUUUCACCAGUUGAAUUAAUUUAGCUGGAACUUCAAAUUCUUUUAGAGUGUUCCAAAACUCUUCCCUUGUAACACUAAUAAAUGUUUGUCUAAAGUUUAAAAAAUAAAUGUGUAAUUCUUCUCCAAAUUUGUAAUAUUUUUUCCUAUAUUUGUCAAAUUCUAAAUAUGUGAUCUAUUUUCGAUUUACCCUCUUGUGAACCCAGUCUUAUAGUUUUCUAUUGUGCUAUUAGUAUAUUUCUCUAGUCUUAGUAAGGCAGCAAAUAAACAAAUUGUAUAACACGUGUUAAGGAGCACUAUCCCCUUAUCAUUUUUAAUAUCCAGUGGGUGUCCUUUUUUUAUAAAUCGAACAUAUAAUCGAUGUUUUCCAUUCUUGAGGGAUAAUUCCGUUUUCUCAACUAUUUUUAAAAAUUCCGUGUAUUUUUGAUACUAUUACUGGGGUGAAUAUUUUGAUUAGUUUUGCUUUUAUAUUAUCUUCUCCGGCUAGUUAAUUACUUUUCAACAUUUUUAUGUUUUUUAUUUCUUCGAGUUUAGGUAUGAGUAUUUCUGGUUGCACCGUUUAGUACAUUGGGUACCAUUCUUCCUCUAGAAUAUUUUUUUUCUCUUGCAAUAUUCAAAAGUCUAUAGACAUGUGAUUCAAAUCUGUUAAAAACUUGUUUCGUCUUUUAACAAGUGCCCAUUGUCGUCUUUUACAAUCAUAACUUCAGUUUAGAAACCAUUUUAAAUUGAUUUACACUUCCUAAAGAAGGUUUUAAGGUUGAGUCUAUAUUCUUUUAUACUUUUGGUGAAAUCCUUUUUGGCUUCUCUUUUCUCUCUCCUUAUUAUCUGAUUUGUUCGGUUCCUCUUAUAUAAAUACAAAAAGUAAAGUAUAAAUAAUAAAAAAAUGUAAUAAACUUGGGUCAAUUUUCAGUCAUACAAAGAAUGAAUUCUUUUUUAAUAUAUCUAAAGGUUCAACUUACCAAUUAUAUUACUACCUUUUUCUUGAUUUAUGGAAGGAUUCGGAAACGUAAGUCCAAGAAUGGUGACAAGAUCAAUAAAUAAGAUAUUAGGAAAUUGUUUGUAAUGAACAACGUCCACUCCCGCAUAAAACGACCAAAUUAUAUUAUCAUGUAAUUUUUAAUAAAGAAAAAGUUAUAAAUACUGUAUUAUCGAUAUCUUUGCUAGGGGUCCAAUGCUUAUAAGCUAAUAUGAAAGGCAGUGAAGAGUAGCGAUGCCCCUUGAAGUGAAUACAAAAUUUUCGUUUGUAUUUUUAAAUAUUUAUAUGUUUGAUUCUUCUAAGGAUAUCUUCCGACAUUCAUCAUUACUCAAUUUGUCUUAAUCAAAAUAAUAAUUAAUUUUUCAAUAGUUUCGUAAUAUUUUAUUGUUAUAUCUUAAUUAUAAUUAAAAAUUAAAAACACUGCCAACUCAAUUUAAAUUAGAUCCAGCAUGUUUAAUUUCUACAACUUUUUCUAAUAAAAAUUUUUUAUUAGUUCUUAUUUUUCAUGAUUUAAUUUUAUGUCAGGAGUAGCUGCCUAUUUAUACCAGAUUUUUUAUUAUAUAAGGAACGUAUUGAAAACAUAUUAUAAUCUCGUUCUUUUUCUAAUGCAUUUAAAUAUUUUGGUAAUCAACGAUCUUUUAACAGAUCCAUCGUUUAGUUAAAUUGUAUGUAUUUUAUUUAUGCAUUACGUGACAGUUAAAUCAAGCCACACAUUUUUUGGACGGGUCUGCGUUGUACGGGUCAAGCGCAAAACGAAUGAGUGCGUUACGGAACCCAAACUCUGGUCGCGGCCAAAUACUGGUACACCAAGUCGAUCACGAUGUGCAGUACCUAUCAGAGUUGUUCCGUGGCCCAUGCUCUGCCACAGAUACCGAGUGCGCGAGAAUUGGGGGUAACGGUGCAAACGUACAUCCUAUGUUGACGGCCAUGUAUACCAUAUGGGUACGAGAGCACAAUCGGAUUGCUAAUGAGUUGUCCUACAUCAACGCGCACUGGCGGGACGAGAAGAUCUUCCAGGAGACCAGGAAAAUCGUGACUGCUCUUAUACAGCACAUAACGUACAACGAAUGGCUGCCGGCCCUAGUCGGCGAUGAGCACUUCCUGAACUGGCCGUUGGAGGACCAUAAGCAACCGUAUGACAGGAUCGUGGAUCCGGGAGUCAGUAACGCAUUCGCUGUUGGCGUACUCCAGCCGAUGAUCCAUUCAAUGAUGACCGAUGUAGUCAAGUAUCUAUAUAUAUAUAUUAAAAUAUUCUCCUAAAAUUUCGGAUAAGUGAAAAUGUCCACGGUAAAAAUAUAAAAACUAUUAAAAAAUAAAUAUAUAUAACACAAUAGGUUUCUUGUAUUUUUAGGAAAAUUAUAAUUCAUUACGGGGGGGGGAGGGGUUAAAUAGUGUAGUUGUUGAUUAGUUGAUUUUAAUCGCAGAUUAAUUUGGAUAUUUUUUAAUGUUUAAGUUAAAAGUUCUAUAGAUAUUGGUCCAUUUCCCAACUUCAAAUUUGAUUUCAAAACAAUAUUAAUCGUUUUUAUCUUGUUAAUCAGGUGAUUACACUUCAAGUACCCAUAUUAUGCGUAACUAGGUCCCUGAAGUAAGGGUUGGAGGGCUAGAGCUUCAGCGGUCUUUUUUUUCAUAAUAUUUUUGAGCAUAUCAUACUUUUUAAUGCAUUGAGGAUUAACUGGUUUGUUAUUGAAGGGCAUACAUUCGAUCUAAUUAUUUAUUUUUUUUGUUGGAUUAAUUAGUCUACGCAUUUGUAUAGUAUGUUCGUUUACUGUGAUUAUAUGUAUUUUUCCAGUGGUGUUUCGAGUUUUCUUUACUAGAGAGGAAAACGCAAAAACCAUUUUUUUUUUUGUUUAGUCUAAUAGAUAUAUAAUAUGUCACAAUUUCCAAACUCAAUAUCUCUCGUUGACAAAACCUUAAAUAAGUCACAGAUGGAAAAUUCACAACCAUACAGUUCUUUGUAUAUCUACAUCAUUAACAUUUAUGUUUUCAGAUUUUAUAACGAAAACGGUACGGAAAAGGAAUGCAUAUCGUUGAAGACGUAUUACGCAAAAUCGCAUACAGCGCAAAUGAAUUACACGGACCUAAUUCUCAAAGGAAUGACAUUGCAAAGGGUGCAAAAAGUCGGGAUGUCGUUCACCAAAUAUGUACGUAAUUGUGUAUAAAAUUAUACAAAGAAGAAAAAUAUGAUUUUUAAUUUAAUUAUGAGUACUUUUUAUGCAUCAGGCACGCAUUCACAAUUUAUUUUAUAGGGGAAGGGGAGUUAAAUACAUUUAAAAACAUGUAUAAUAUACUAUAUUUUUUUUAUUAUAAUAAUUAACAUUUAAAGUUCUUGUAUAUUUUAGCACAAAAAGAUAUUUUUGAUGUCAUGAUAAAAAGUUUCUUCUUGUAACUUACAAGAUAUGUUACCUACAUUAUCUAAAGUAAACAAGAUACAAAAUAUAAUUUUAACUUCCCCAACCCUAUAUACACAUAUACCUACUAUUAAGGCGAAGAGGAAAAAUUGUAAUGUUUUUUUUUAUUUUAUUUUUUAGAUAACUAAUUUUUUGUACAGCGAUCCUCACAGAAACGCGCUUGGGAUGGAUGCGUUAGCUUUGGACAUACAGCGGGCCCGCGAUCAUGGUAUCCCGAGUUACACGAGGUUUAGACAAUUUUGUGGAUUCAGUGCAAUUAAGAAUUGGGACGAUUUGGGAAAUGCUGUUUCUGAUAUAGUAAAAUAUAAAAUAAAUUAUUAUAAUAAUAAUAAUAAAUAUUUACGAUUCUGUGUACGGUGAAACGUUAUUCCAGAUAAUUUCAAUACAGGGUUUUACAAGAUCCAGCGAUUUCUUCUGAGAUUUCUAUUUUACAUAUACGCUGAUAUUUCAAUAUUUAAUUAGGUUCUUGAGGCAAUUUGUAAUAUUUUUUUUUAUUACAGAAUUGUUUGAGUGUUAAAAAAUUUCAUAAGAAUAGCAUAUUUAAUAAUGGAUUUUUUGAUUUAUUAAUUUGCUUAUUAAGAAAUUACUAACUAUAUGUCUGUAUUAACCUGUAUUUUCAAGGCACAAUUCUUUCAAAUAUAAAAAUUAGAUAAUAAUAUAAUGAAAUGAUAAUCCUCCUUAAUAAUAAUCUCGUUUCUAUCCGUAUUUCUAUUCCAAUUAUUCGUUUCUGUCCAUUGAUUUUAUGCAUUUAAAAAGGUAUGUACUUCCUUGUCUGUAACAACCAAAUUCAUUCAUAAAAUCUACUUUUUUUAUUUCAACAGUGUCACCAAAGUAACGUCAAAGUCAACCAAAGAAAAUUUAAUUUUAUUAUAUUAGAAUAUCUAUACCCAAAACCUUAAUCUUAUUUUAAAUGCCAAAUGUGUGAAGUUUCAUCAAUACCGGAUUAGAACUAUACAUUUUUAAAAUGGACUGACAUAUAGAGUAUCCUACAGUGUUAUCAUUAUGCUAAUAAUAUUCUGUCAAUAUUAAUUUUGUUUUACAUUUUUUUUUUGAAUUGAGUUUUGUGUGAAGGAGAAGACAAAUUAAAAUUAAAUUUUUAUUUUCAUUCCUAGAAUAUUAAAAAAAAAAUAACAUUAUUUUAUAAUUUUUCAAAAUUUUAAGAUAGCGGUAUUGUAAGACAUUAUUUAAAACAUUUUAAUGUAAUACAUUUCGGACCAAUAGUUUCUUAGUAAUAGCCGUUUUAAUUUCUACAGAAAAUUGGCAUGAAAAUAAUGAAUUUUUAAUACAAUAAUACGUUCGUGAUAAGGAAUCUCAAUUAGCGCAGUAAUUCCUUAUCGUCUAUUGAAUAUUAAUUGUUUUCAUGCUAAUUUUCCAUAAAUUAAAACGGCUAUUACUAAGAAACUAUUGAUUGGAUAUCCUAAAAUUUAAAUUGUUUAGAAUAAUAUAUUACAAUAUAACUACUUUGAUGAUUUUAAAAAUAAGUUAUUUUUUUAGUGAUUAAGGAAUGAAAAUGAUAAUUUAAUUUUUCUCUACAAAUGUGUACACAAAAUCCGAUAGUAAAAAAUAUGAAUAUUGGCAGAGAUAUUAGUAUAAGAAUAACACUAAAAUACCCUCUUUAGGCAGAAUUUCAAUUUUAUAUUUUAGAUAAACAUAUCAGCUUAAAAUUUAGACUAGAUACAAUUAAUUGCGUAUCUAUUUUUUACUGACAAUUAUUCCCUCUUCUUUGGUCUAAAUUUCUCAUUAUUUUAACACUCAUGAAUCCAGUAUUAAAGUGUUAUGCAUAAUAAAUAUUAACAUUUUUAGAAAAAUAAUCUAAAUCUAAUCUGGUUUUUUGGAAAGGGAAAUUAAUUACUUGAAAUAAAGAGUUGCAAAACUGUGUUUAACAGUGUUAAUAUUGGUUUUUUUAAAAAUUUAAAUAAGACCAUUAAACGAAAAUAUAAUAUUAAAAUGGCUGAAUAAACCAAAAUACAUUUUACUCAAAUCCUACUAAAUAAAAAUUACGUAAAAAAACUCGCAAAAUUAAAAUAUCAAUAAAUAACUCAAAAAUUGCUAAAAUGUUCUGAAAGUUUUAUCACGUCUAGUAAAUGUAAAUAUAAGUUUUUGUCGACAUUUCAAAUCACUACAAAUACUUUAAAUUUAAUCAAAUGUAAGAAAUUUAAUUUAAAAUAAAGAAAAAUAUUAUUUUCGUAAAUUUGCCCGUUCUUCCUACAUAUUUUUCGGAUUUGUGUUGAUAUAAAUCGAAAAAAAAUCGUAAAAUAAAACACACUCGACCAUAUUUUAUAUACCUAUACAUAGCUCAAAAACAAAAAAAAAAACAAUCCAAAUUAUUAAUAAUAAUACUUCACAUCACUGUGACGCUAACGAUUUCUCAAGAUUAUUAAUUCGGGUCGAAAACUUAUUUUUCACAAUCUGAAAUAAAAAUAUAACAUGUUAGAUAGGCACCUAAUAUUCAUAUUAUAUAGUAGGUACCUUACUAAUACCUAUACUUAAAACCAAUAUAUUCCAUCACCAAUAUGUUCCUCACUACAAUUGAAAAAAAGAUAAUUCUAACGAAAACUAAUAAAUAAUAUUAUGUCCUGUCUUGUGUAAAUUUCAGAACAUCUUGGAAAAAUUGAAAAAGUUUUACAAUACGUGGGACGAUGUCGAUCUCAUAGUGGGCGCGUUGUUGGAAAAAGAAAUGCCACAUUCGAUGAUCGGACCAACCAUGGCGUGUAUCAUCAAGGAGCAGUUCAUCAGGACUAAGCGGGGCGAUCGGCAGUUUUACGACCACCCAUAUGUCUUUAAGAAAGGUAACACAAUAGUACACGAUGUAGAGAAAAUAAGGUGACACCACUUGUUCACAUUUGUAUCACUAAUUAUUAUGGCACCACUAGAUAGUGCUACAAUUCGCCCGAAGGCCAGUUUGAAUGUUAUGAAUUCAUAUUGAUUUCAACAUAAAAUAAUAAUAAUUUAUGUUUUUUUUGAUAUUUUUAUUUUUAUUGCAUAAUUUUUUCAGUUGUAUCGCUCAAUAGUUGUUACUUGUUACCAAGUUCUAAUAUUUAAAUUCAUUAGUCAAUUAGGUAGGUAUAUAGUAAAAUAGUUUUAAUUAAGGAAGUAUCAAGAGUUAUUAAAAAUGUUUUAUGACUAUUUUGAUUGUUUUGCUAAAAUGUGUUGGUUUUUAUUCUUUUCUCUGGCUGCAUUAUCUGUAUCAUAUGUCAAACACAUCCUAAAUAAUAAAUAAAAUUAUGUUAUAUUUUAAAUUCUGAGUGGAGCGGAGAAGCUUAUGAUUUAACAAUCAUAUUUAUUUUAUUAUUUUUUUAAAUUUUAUUUGUGGACAACUUCAGAAGUGUAGCAUUUUUCCGAAAAAAAAUCUCUCCGAGGUGGUACUUAAGGAGGUCAAUUUUUGAUUUUCUUAUGAAUAUUUUCAAUAUAUUAAAAAUACCGAAUUAAAAACGAGAAAAUUUAGGAAUGUAUUGUAAAAUAUUACGGCCUUCUUUUUUCUCGUAAGAAAACUUUUCUACCAGCAAUGUUGCUCCAAUUUACGAUAAUAUCACUUUUUCGAAAAAGAAAUAUGCCUGGGGAGGUACUUUAAGAAGAUCAUUUUUUGAUUUUUUCAGGAAUUUUCCUAAUACAAACGUGAAAUACCAGAAAAAAACGUAGGAAAAACGAGAAAAUAUGUACAGCAUUUACAACAAUUACUAUUAAAGAAAAUAUAUAAAGCUUAUGCAAUUAUUUAACUAUAAUAUGCCAUAUACAUUGUUGAAAAAGCAACACUAUUAACUGAACUCCGCUCAGAAUAGUUUUUUCAUUAGCAAUAGUUAGUAGUUGCUUACAGAUAAAUAUUAAAUUCUCUUCUGUAUCCUACCUUCACAACUACACUCGUCUCCAUUAUUCUAGUUAUCUUAGGAUAGCUUUUUAGUUAAUUUGCAAUGCACAUACAAGGAAUUUUAUUCAAUUCUUAACCGAAUUAUUCAAUACCUAACCGAAUAUUUGUAUUCAUUUUUUUUUUAUUUUAAUAGAAUUUAGCAAAUAGUAUCUUCAAGCUGAAAGGUCCUAGAAAUUCAAAUUCUUAUUUUAAAUAUUUUUUUUUUUUUUAUAAAAUUAUGUUGAAUUAAUUGUUUUUUUAAAAAAAUAGAAAGACGUCCUAGGAUAAUAGGAACGGGUGCAGCCACUAUUAUAGAAGACAAUUUAAUGUAUACCUGUUAGCAACGAUAAAUCAUAGUUUCCGAAAAAACGAUUCUGAACGGAGUUUAGUUGAUAGUGAUGCUUUGUCAACAAUAUAUAUGUCAUUUUAUAGUAAAAUAGUUAAAUAAUCUUUUUAUAAUUUCUUUAAUAAUAUUUGUUCAAUGUUGUACCAAUUUUCUCAAUUUUCCUACGUUUUUACCGGUUUUCCUAUGUUUUAUCCCGGUUUUAUAGAUUUUCUGGGAAAACAAUUGAGAAAAUCGAAAAAUAACUUGUCUUUUAUUUUAACUGGCUAGAACUACUAGAACUGAGAAUUAAUAGAAUAUAUAAUACUAAUAUAAACAAAUCAAAGUGUAUACGUCUUUUUUGUUUUUAAAUACCUUUAAAAAAAAAAAAACCUAAUCAAAAUUAAACUAAUCCCUAUAUAUUGUCACCCUUGGGAGGGUACUUUCUUUUUAUGCGUCUCAACUCAUAACUUUUUUUCGCGUACAAGCCUACUUGUAAUUACUGAUUUACAGAUUGUUUGUUUUAAAAUAUAGUUAGUUAGAAAAUACAAUCAUACAAGUUAAGGAUUACAAUUUCUAUUAAGAUUCACACUCAUAAGGAAACACUUGUAAUAAACUUAAUGAUAUUUUGUAUACAUUGUUACAUCCUAGUUGUAAAAUUGUCUAAUGUAUGGAAUGGGCAGUUUUAAUUCUUUUUUGCAUACUUCAUAAACUGAAUACAACUAGUUCUAAAUUAUAAUUGAAAACAUUUUGAAUUUUUUUUUUCACAGUUAUAAUAUUUAAGUACCUGACAAAAAAUAAAUUUAAUUAAAAAUGUGUAUAAAAAAAAAAAAAAUUACAUAUCAAUCGUGGUUAUCGCGCCCUAUCCUUCCAGCAUGACGUACAACAUACAUUCCAAUAAAAACUAGUUUUGACUGACUUAUUUUAAUCUGUAGUUAAUUCUAGUUUUAACUUGUCAAAACUAGAAUUGACUAAAGGGAUUUGUGGAAACUAGUUUUGACGGAUUUCGGGUUUUAAUUGUAACAUAUAUACUGUCGAUUUGAAUAAAUCAUUUGUUGAAGAAGUUAUUCAAUUUAAAAAUGUACUGAAUCAUUUGACAAUAAUGAUUUAUCUAUUAAUGGACUGUUAAAAAAUUAUCUAAUCCUCCAUUAAAAUCUACUUUCCUUAAUGUUCAAAACAUUUUAAGAAUAUUUGUAUGUAUGCCUUGUACCAAUACUAGUGGUGAACGAUCAUUUUCAGUGUUUCGUUGAGUUAAAAAAUAUUUAAGAUCCACCUUAUCUCAAGAUAAGACAGCUUCUCUUUUAUUUUUGUCAAUAGAAAAUGAGAUUGGACAAAUAUUAUAAAACAGUUUGUGAGCAAAAAACCAAGAAAAAAAAAUAUUUUUAUUAUUAUUAUGUAUUAUUAUUUAUUAUUUAAAUUGUUUUAAGUAUCUAUAAAUAUAUAAUAAUAUUUUAUUGUUAAUAUACAAAGAUACAUUUAGUAUUACAAAUCAAUGCUAAAUACAUACUCCAAAAAUAACUAAAAAUAUAGGAGUUCAUUUGUUAAUGAAAUAUAAAAAUUUCACAUAAAAAAUAUUUCAACUUUUGUACUGUUUAAAAAAAAAAAAAUUUUAAAUGCAUUUCUAUGUAAAUAUGUUUAAAUUUUACCUUUAGAAAGAGGAAUAUUGUUGAUAUUCACAAAAAAAAAUGUCCUGUUGGGUAAAGGAAAAGUGGUGGAUUCAUCUUUAGCAGCUAUAUCAUUUUUAAAGAUGAAUUAGAAUGCGUCUUUUAAAACUGCAUAAUAUAAAAUGCGAAAGACCUAUAAUAAUAGUUGUCAACAAUGGUUCUUAAAGAAUCGUAUAGGCUAUAGCAAAAAGGAAAAAGGUGAGGAAAAAGAUGAAAGCAUCCAAGAAUUUUAAAAUACCUACAUAUUUUUGUAAACAUGAAUACACAUGACAUUUAAAAACUUUUUGACCAUAGAAUUAAAAAAUUAAGCAUAAUAUGUGAUUAGAAUAAUUUUUUUUUGCAAUAUAAAAAAAAAGGUAAAAUAAGUUUUUGAUUUUUUUUUUUGGAAUUGUGGCCGUUGUAUAAAGAUUCUGUUGGUAAAAUGCCCCUUUGUUUUAAAUUUAAAUUGUAUUUUUCAAUACAAUUUUUCAAUUUUACAAUCCAAUUUUUUCUAAUACCAUUAUUACCUAGAUUCUCUACCUAAUUACAUUAUAUUGUUAUUAUUUUUUAAUUGUAGAACAAUUAGCUGAAAUAAAACGUAUGACCUUGGCUAGAGUGUUGUGUGACAACAGCCGCGAAUUCACAAGAAUACAAAUUAACGUGUUCAAAAAAUCAACGCAGUUAUAUCCAUGCUACAUUACAUGGUUAAUUACUCCAGAAAUGAAUCUCCGACUUUGGAUGGAACCGGAUCCCAAGUAA